AUGGCUUUAAGGGCUGCUUCUCCCAUCUGGGCUAGCCCUUUAAGGCCGCAUUCUGAUGUGGGUGUUUUAUAUUUGGGGUUAAGGAGAUGUGUGGAUUUGAGGUGCAAUUGGGAUCUUGAGAAGGUUCCUAAAUGGGAAUGUUGUUAUUUGAGUGUUUUGGCUAAAAGAGCUAUCACUCCUGUUGAAGAUGAGAAGCCAUUAACUCCUCAGGUGGAGACUUCUGGGGCAAUUGAUCAGGUUCAGGACACCCAGUCCAGAGGGUUUCACAAGGAUUUGAACCUUCUUCCUAAACCGUUGUCCGCCACAGAUUUUUCUUCUUCUCCUGGAAAUGGUGCAAAUGUACGGGUUGCUUAUCAGGGAAUACCGGGUGCAUACAGUGAGGCUGCUGCGCUAAAAGCAUAUCCAAAGUGUGAAACUGUCCCAUGUGACCAGUUUGAAGCUGCUUUCAAGGCAGUUGAACUCUGGUUAGUGGAUAAAGCUGUCCUCCCCAUCGAGAAUUCAGUGGGUGGCAGCAUCCACCGCAAUUAUGAUUUACUCCUUCGCCAUAGGCUGCAUAUAGUAGGGGAGGUGCAGAUGGUAGUUAACCAUUGCCUCUUGGGAUUGCCUGGUGUAUCAAAGGAGGAAUUGAAACGUGUUUUGAGCCACCCCCAGAUACUAGAUGAUUUGCAUGCUGGAAUUUAUUGGAAGUUUGUUUUAGAUAGGGAGACACCCUCCGAUGAGUAUAUUGUUGUGACUUUGGCACUUGAUCAAUGUGAGAUGACACUGACCAAAUUAGGUAUUAUCAGAGUUAGUGCUGAUGAUAGUGCAGGUGCUGCUCAGAUGGUUAUGGCAAGCGGUGAAAGAGAUACUGGAGCGAUUGCUAGUGCUCGUGCAGCAGAAAUCUAUGGGCUUGACAUUCUAUCAGAAAAGAUCCAGGAUGAUGAUGAUAAUAUUACCCGCUUUUUGAUACUUGCAAGAGAACCUAUAAUACCUGGAAGUGACAGGCCUUAUAAGACAAGCAUUGUUUUCACUCUCGAAGAAGGUCCUGGCAUGCUGUUCAAAGCACUAGCAGUGUUUGCUUUGAGGGAAAUUAACUUGACAAAGAUAGAGAGUCGCCCACAAAGAAAGCGUCCAUUAAGGGUUGUUGAUGAUUCUAACAAGGGAAGUGCCAGGUACUUCGAUUACCUUUUCUACAUUGACUUUGAAGCUUCCAUGGCAGAACCUCGGGCGCAGCAUGCUUUGGUACAUUUGCAGGAAUUUGCAAGAUUUCUUCGUGUUCUUGGCUGCUAUCCAACAGAUACAACUCUUUAG